UUAAAAGAAAGGAAAUUAGGAUAAGGAUCAAGGCUGAUAUUUCUCUCCUCAGCCACGUGUUUUGCUCUUCCUCAUCUUCUUCUUCCCGACUCUUCUCCCCCGAUAAGCCCCCCCAAGCCACCGACUCUCUCCCCCUUGAAAAAACCGGUGAGAUCUUGAUGAAAUUUCUCCUUCUUUCUUGCUUAAUCACAAGAUUUGGGGCUUAGAAUUCUCUCCCUCAACCCAAAAAUCCCGGAUCUGCUUUGCUUCUUCCUCCCUUGUCCGUCGGGUUCUGCUGGGUUUGAAUCCUUCGGCUUUUUCUGCCGUGAGUUUCCCCUGAAUUUUCUGCACAUGCCGCCGGCCUCCACCCCAAACCCGCCAGCUCCGGCCUUGCUCAUUGAAUUCCGGUAUGGACAGCUUCUCUAAGUCCAGAUUUUACCCCUUUAAUUGCUGAAUUUUGUCUGUCAAAUUGCUACUUUGUGUGUGUCCGAAUUGUGCCGGAAAUGGGGAGGAAUUCCGGUAGUAUUUUAAAUGUGUUUUAAGCUUGAUUAUGUAGAAUUUAGCUUGAAUUAGCUGCUGUGAUGUUUUGUGUGAGAAAUCCCGGAACCGGUUCGUUGAGUGACCCUGCUUGUGGGGAUUAUACACCAGCAAACAAUGACCCUGCUUGUGGGGAUUAUACACCAGCAAACAGUGCGCCUGCUAGUGGGUGUUUGACGUUGGCCGUGACCUAUAGAGGAGACGUCUAUUUCGUUCCCGUAUUGUAUCCGUUUUUUGUGAUUGCACAUGUUGGCAUGCUAUAAGUUUAAUUAAGGGCAAUCCAUAUUUACUUACUGAGUUUAUCUCAUAGUUUUCCUUGUCCACCAUUUCAGGAAGUGAAACCGAGGACGGGGAAACCAUGGGAAGUGACGAGUUAGAAAGCUAGCCAUUUCGAGAUUGAGCAUAGAUUUAGAAAUAAAUCAUGAUCUUGUAUUUGGAGAUUUUAUUGGAGAUUUAUGAUAUCAGAGAGAUUUUAUAAUUUGAUCUUUAGAUUUUGGUGGUAUCAGAUUGUGAUAUGAUAAGUUCCGAGCCUUGUGCAUUUGUGGGACUCUCUCACGAGUACACGGCGUCUAUCGCGCCUUGGAUUUGGGUUCUGGGGCGUGACAGCAAAAGUCCACA